UCCAUCAGCCCGGAGAGUGGCGGGACGAGCCCCGACGGCUGCCGGUGACACCCGUCCGAAAGCCCCGCAGCGCGUACAACCAUGCGUUGAGCCCUGCCAAGGAGAGUGGAUGCCAAACCUGAAUUACCAGCCCAGAGAGUGGCUGUGGAUCCCGGGAGCUCCUGUGAUUUGCGGCAGGUUUUUCAGGUCCCCGCCUGUCACACACAUACGCAGAUACUUAAGCAGUCACCCAAGGACCUGCGGGGUUCUUGUUUUACACACUUCUGGUCCCUGCCAGCUCCAGUGCCUGGCCCCAUAGCCCUGCCCCAGGAGAAGAUGGCCACGGAAAAGCCAGUGACUCCCACUGAGGAGCAGCUGGAGAUCCUGGAGUACAACUUCUGCAAGGUGAACAAGCAUCCUGACCCCACUACGCUGUGCCUCAUCGCAGCUGAGACUGGACUCUCUGAGGAGCAGACCCUGAAAUGGUUCAAGCAGCGCCUGGCAGAGUGGAGGAAGUCUGAAGGGCUGCCCUCAGAAAGCGGGUCUGUCAGGGACUAGAGGAUGUUGCUCUGAUCUCCAUGCCUCCUAUAAAUGAUAAUGAAGCUCUUCAGAGUGGGUUUUGCUGGGGUUCUUCUGUUGCAAUAGGUUUUGCGAUACAAAGUAAUACUCUGCUAUUUAACAUAAGUUUUAUUUAACAUGUACAUAACCAAAAAAAAGAACAUUAUAUAUAUAUAUAUAUAUGUAUGUAUGUAUGUGUGUGUGUAUACAGCUUUUAAUGGCUGGUAACCUGUCUAGUGAUUCCAACCCAUUAACACCAGCUGCACAGGACAAGGCAAUCUCAUGCUCUUGUCCCAGGCUUGCAGAAAAGCUGCCAUGAAACAUGUUCAAAUAUAGAAGGAGGAAAUAAAGAUUCAUUUUCCUUACAAUCCCCAGAGGCAAAAUAUGUGUACUAGCUUUAAGGUAGAGAUAAUCCAGAGAGCAGGGCACCUGGGAAACCAGAUGUGUUGUUCAGGUGACCUUGUUUAGCUCAAGAUGCCAGAGUCAGCUCUGGAUCCUGGCAAACCAAGUGCCUACACCAUAAUCAGACCAAGCCAAGCCCUCCUUGAAUGCCUUUUUUACCUUUCUGUUAAAGGUCAACAAAGAGAAGGAACUAGUAGGUUGGGGUUUUUUUCCCCCCAAUGUAAUAAUAAAAAAAAAACAAUGUUUUUUGAUGA